CUCAAUCAUUUAUCAAUUCAUUUUUGAUGAUCUGUGCAUCAAAUUUGAUUAAUUUCAUCCAAACAUCGUCAAAGUGUCAGCCAUUGUUACUUAAUUAGUCACGUGAUUUAGAUUGUUUCACGGUCAACGCGAGAAUUCGUGUCUGUCAUUACGUACUUAGAAUUGUUUGCCACGGGUAAUUAGUUUUCUAUAGAAACAGAUCAAAUACUAUCAAGUGAACGAUUGCGGAUCAAUGUGUGAAUAAUUGAUCUUUUAUCGAUGACCACUUAAUCUUUUGAUUGUCGAAUCGUGUGAGCUAAAUUCAUCAGUUAAACAUGUAUGUUUGCAAAAUUGUUUGCCGACUAUUGCUGGCACGGAUGAAUCAAACAAGUUCCAAGUUUGAGUCGUGUCAAUUUCGGAGUUAUAUUUUCUGUAUAAAAGGACAAUUUUACUCCAAGCUGUAUCAAAUUGCUCUACAACUGUGCACAAACAAUACAAAACGAUUAACAAAGUAAGCUAAGAAGGACAAACGGCUUGGAAUCAUGCAUGAAAAUAUUCUACAAUCAGUUGGAAAUCGCCAACAACAUGUACCAUCAUCAUUUGGUUUCUCGUCCCUGGAUGAUAUUUAUUCCCGGAAGUCGUCUGCUGUCGUACAACCGAUGUCCAUGUUUCCGACUUCAAACACGCCUGAAAAAGAGAACCAGCCUCUGAAGCCACUCAGCAUCUCCCCGGUGUUACCCGGAUCUGGCAGUGUAACACAUAACAUCACGCGCAUGCUCGGAAAUUCAGUUCAGCAGACGAGAAACCAACUUCCAAGUACGGCAACCAGGGCGUCACAUUUUUCGCCUUACAGCACUUCACACUUUUUAUCAUUUAGGCACAAGAUUCUAAAUGAAAACAAGUCUUCAAAAACACAUGAAGAGGACAAUGUCGUCGAUGUUGAGAACGACAGUCAGGACCAGUUCAGGACCAAUGACCUACCAAACACCACAGAUAUGUCUAUCUCCACGCAGGGAUCCUCAUCUCCGCAAUCAGUUGGGUCAAGGUCAUCACCGUCUGGCUCCACAAACUCCUCACCUGGAUCUACGGCUGACCCUAUCACCAGCCCGGAAAACAACGAAGAGCAGCCGAAGAAAAAGGCGCGCACUAAUUAUACAAAUGAACAGGUGCAGACGCUGUUGAAAAUUUUCCACGAGAAUCCAUACCCCGAUUCAGAGCACAUGGAGACUAUUGGAAAAGACUUGGGCAUUCCUGAGAACAAAAUUAAGAUCUGGUUCCAAAACAAGAGAGCAAGAUGGCGCAGGCGUGUCAACGACGCAAACAACUUCCCACAGCCAUUCCUACCAAUGUCACCAAUGAUGUCACCAGUUACGCCCUAUGGAUUCAUGCCAACCGGUCACAUGAUGACGUCAUCACCAUCUCAGGCAAUGCCAGGAUACUUCAACUACCCUUGGAUGCAAAAUUCACUGAGUCCAAACAACAACCAGCAGCUUCCAUGUCAAUUCCCAACCAAUCAGACUCAGUCUCGACUUCAAGCCACCAAUCAAGGAGCCGGUUUGCAAAGUCAACAUUUUCCCGCCAUUUCAAUGGCACCCACAGCAGUGUCGUCUGCUUCUGGAUACGGUCUAAAAACUUCUCCACAGCAAAUGUCGCAGACAAACAGACAUUCAUUCCAGUAUCCAUUUUUAUAUCAAUCUGGCAUGGGAACAUCCGCAUAUGGUCAGAGUUUACAAUGAAACUGACAAAAAUAGUGACUAUGAAUAAUGUUGUUAUGAAUUUAAAUGUAAAUAUAUUGUUAAAGUAUUUCGUUAAAUUCUGUAUAAGAAAAUGAAUGAAGGCUUUGCAAAUGAAAGCCUUCAAAAUCUGUUUUGCAAAUAGUCUGCUUUCAAUAUCUUAGAGAACAAUGACUCUAUAUAAACUUUGUACACAUUGUAAAUUAUCUUUAAUUUUAAUUUAUUCCUCUCAUUUCAAAGUCUUCAUUUGAAGUUGUAUAUAUCAAUU